AUGACUCCGUAUGUCUUAACUGUCUCCGUUUGUCUUGUAUUACAAGACGCUCGAAGUAUAACGGCGUCUGGCAGCGCAGUGAUCCUGGACCCUCGCAUGGUCUGCAAGAAGAACCGACGUACUAGAGGCCGGUUAGCGCAGAUCUGUCGCAACGAGACUGGUCUACUUAAGGAGAUCACCCGAGGUGUGUCCCUUGGGGCCAGCGAGUGCGCGCACCAGUUCAGGAAUCGAAGGUGGAAUUGUACGACCCAGAGGCGCAGCAUGAGGAAAAUAUUGAUGAGAGAUACGAGAGAGACAGGGUUCGUAAAUGCAAUCACCGCAGCGGGAGUGACCUAUGCCAUUACUCGGGCGUGCACAGCGGGCUCAUUGCUCGAAUGUUCAUGCGAAAAGGAAGUACCAAAGCCCCGCCGUGGUCGCGUAUCGGCUAUACCCCUUCCCCCUGCGCCCGCGCAGACAGAUAGGUGGCAAUGGGGAGGCUGCAGUGACAAUGUACGCUUUGGGUUGCAGAAGUCUAGAGAAUUUAUGGAUAGUCGAUAUAGGAAGAAAAGCGACAUAAAAACUCUGAUCAAACUUCAUAAUCACAACGCUGGGAGGUUGGCUAUCAAGUCCAACAUGAGAGUGGAAUGCAAGUGUCAUGGUCUUUCCGGUUCCUGUACACUGAGGACUUGUUGGUGGAGGAUGCCCACUUUCAGAGAAAUUGGCGAUCGACUUAGGGAUAAAUUUGAAGGGGCUGCAAAGGUGAUAGGAAGCAACGAUGGUGACAGCUUCAUGCCAGAGAGCUCAAACAUAAAGAAACCCGGUAAAAAAGAUAUAAUAUAUGCUGAAGAAUCACCAGAUUUUUGUUCCCCAAACAUGAAGACUGGAUCUCUCGGCACCCAUGGGCGACAAUGUAAUAUUAGUUCAGCGGGUACAGACAGUUGUGACCAGCUCUGUUGCAGACGAGGAUAUGUUGAAAGCACGAUUAGAGAGACUGAAAAUUGUAACUGUCAAUUCAAAUGGUGUUGCGAAGUUAUAUGUGAAACGUGUUACGUAAAACGUGACAUACAAACAUGCUUAUAA